UUAUAGUUGUGGUCAUGUGGAAUCGAUAUGUGAUCAGAAAAUUAAUGCGAUAUGGUAGUAGUGGUGGAGUAUUAACAGCUGCUGCAUUAGCAGGAUUUGCCAACUAUGAUGGGAAUCCCGAUAUGUUGGAGUCAUUGAAACAUCCAAAUAUAGGAAAGUGGCGUAUCGAAGGACCUUUUAAAGAUCCUACCGAUGGAGUAUUAAUUGCUAAACGGAUAGUGAGUGAUUAUGAUCAUACUGAUUUAAAGUUAAGGCUUUAUCAGUACGAAGCCUGUCCAUUUUGUUGCAAAGUUCGUGCCUUCUUGAAUUAUUACGGUUUUUCCUACGAUAUAGUUGAAGUAAGUCCUCUGACUCGAAAGGAAAUCAAGAAAUUGGAUGGUGUUAGCAAGCUACCAACUGUAAUUGCACAAAUGGAUCGGAAAUUAAGUGAUUCUUCGUUGAUAAUAUCAAUUUUAACAAGUUAUUUGACUCGGAAUGAUAGAAGUUUGGAUGAUGUGAUUGAAUUUUAUCCAGAGCAAACGAAUGUUAUAAAAGAAACGGGAAAGCAAAUAGUUACACGUCCCAAUAUGUACAAAAUUAUGGCAUCCUUGAAUAGCACAUCGAAAAUGGACGAGGAAUAUGCAAGAAAGGAAGAGGAAUGGCGUAAAUGGGUUGAUGAACAUUUCAUUCCUCUGAUAGUACCAAAUGUGUAUCGUUCAUGGAAUGAAUGCAUUGAAACAUUCCGUUGGUUUGGUGAAGCAGGCCAGUGGGAUAAAGUAGUACCUGCAUGGGAACGAUAUGCCACUAUUUAUCUUGGUUCAGUUGCCAUGUACUUUUUGUCGAAAAAACUUCAAAAGAAGUAUGAUGGUGCUGAUGUUCGCCAGCUUCUAAUAGAUGCUUGCAAUCAGUGGAUGAAUGCCGUUGGAAGUUCGUCGUUUCUCGGUGGUCAACAACCUACCUUGGCUGAUUUGGCACUUUAUGGAGCAAUGAAUUCGUUUCUGGGUAGUGCAACGUUUAACGAACUUUGUGAUAAAACUCAAAUUAAAGCAUGGUUUGAACGAAUGCGUGAAGCAGUUGAUUCAAGGGCUGGAGCAGCUUUACUUCAGAAAAGUUGUUGCAAGAGAAUGCAGUCAUAAAAUGUAUUUUUGUUAGUUAAUACCUUGUUUUGUUUAUAUAAUGGCAUGCUGCUUUCCAAAAAAAUGCUGUUAUCAUCAAGUAGUACUUCUCCAGUAAAAAAUUAGAUUGGAAAUUAACGCUAGCUUUCUUCUUACGCUAUGUUUUUUUUCGUGAUAGUUAUUGUAUUUCAUACGCGUACAUCCUUUCCAUAACCUACAGUAUUAUUAUGAAUGAUGUUGUUCAUGAAACUUUUCCACAUAAAAUGUCAUAGUUUACCUCUGUUCUGGAAUUUGGUUUGUAGGAUUGCUACUGAAAAUUGAAUCCCUCAUCUGAGUGAUGCAAGUCAUCUGACUAGUGUUUAAUGUCUUGUAAUGUGUUUUACAGUUAAUUUGCUGGGAUGCUUAUAUAGGAAUGGUUGUAUGAAAAUAUUAGAGUAUGUGGAUUGAUCUUAUUGAUACUAUUAGGGAAUAGAACUUCGCCAAGGGUAUAAUAUUAAAUGAAUGUGUUGUUUUUUUCGUACAUAGAUGUUGCGAUGAAUCUCGGC